GUGAGAGCCCCUGACACCACAGCAUCUUAUUAUUAUUAUUAUUAUUAUUAUUAUCUCUCUCUCUCUCAUCUUUUUACUCUUUACUACUCCUAUACUUAUAUAUAUAUAUAUACCACUUUCUCUCUCUUUUCUUUUCUCUUUCUUAAUCAUCAUCAUCAUCCUCAUAAUCGUCAUCUUUCAUUCUCUCUCUCUACAUUUAUCUCUGUCUUCCCCACAGCCCAUCAUCUGUUGCUGCUAUCUAUCUCUCUUUGCCGUAGCAACCUCGCUGGGUACCUUUCCCACAGUCAUUUUCAUUUUUGUGUCAUAAUUUUUAUUUUAUUUUAUUUUUUUAAAAAAUAAAAAUAAAAGUGGGCGGUAGCAGUAAACAGCAGAGAGGAGAGAGAAGAAGGCCUCAGAACGAGACAGUAGUGCAGUACUUGAUGAUGAUGAGGAUGAAUAUUAUGCUCUCUCUUACUACUACUUCUACUUCUACUUCUCCCUAGCUUCGCUCCUCCUCAUUCUCUCUCUCUCUCUCUCUAUCUCUAUCUUCUUUACUGCUGCUUUUCCUUAAAAGAAGAUUUUAAAAAACUCCACUCGACUGGAGUGGACUGGACUCGAUCGAUGGAUCUCUCUCUCACCCUAUAAUAUUCCAUGCGUUUCAUUCCAUUUCAUCCUUUUUUUCUUCUUCCAGUGGACACAGGCAAAUUAUUAAGCCAAACCCAAGCCCCCCAUCUCUAGCGGGAUUCUCUUUCUGGUCGGGUCUCUUUCUCUCGAUCUCGUACAGACAGAGAAUUUGGAAAAUCAAUUGAGCUUAAUUGAUAGGCGGAGGAUUAUUAUUUCAAUUAUUAUUAAUUAGAAGGAUAUGCAGCACGGACUAGAAGUAGGCGGAGGAGGAGGAGGAGGAGGAGUGUCGUCGACAGAGGAUACCGGUGGUGGCGGAACGGGUGAGUCGAUGGAGCAAGGUGGGCAGCAGCUGCCAGUAGAAGCGGCGUCUCCCAUCAGCAGCCGACCACCUGCAGCGUCUUCAGUGAAUUUAGACGAGUACAUGGCGAUGUCGUCGGGCGGAGGAGGCGGAGGUGGUGGGAAUCGAUGGCCUCGCCAAGAAACAUUGGCUCUUCUCAGAAUUAGGUCGGAGAUGGACACGGUGUUCCGCGAUGCCUCACUCAAGGGUCCACUCUGGGAAGAUGUGUCCAGGAAACUAGCAGAGCUGGGAUACAACAGGAGUGGCAAAAAAUGCAAAGAAAAAUUUGAAAACGUUCACAAAUACUACAAACGAACCAAAGAAGGCCGCGCCGGUCGUCAAGAUGGCAAAACCUACAAGUUUUUCACCGAGCUCGAGGCUCUUCAUGCCACCACCGCCAUCGCCACCGCCACCGCCACCGCCGCCCCCCAACCUCCUCACCACCUCCCCCCUCCUCCCUCUCUCGGAGUUGGCAUCAGCAACCCAAUGCCCAUUUCCUCGUUCCCAGCUAAUAUCAACAUUACUCCUCCAACUUACUCCACCAUGCCGCCAACGUCCACACCGGCACCACCGCCCUCGCAGCAGCCCAUUACGGCAGCUCCUGUGGCCGCCAUCAGUUUCUCCUCUAACAGCUCUUCCUCAUCUCCCGGCUCAGAAGACGACGAGGACGAUGACGAUGAUGAUGUUUUCGAAGGUGGGCCGUCGAACCCAGCCGUUGUAGGAAGCAGCCGCAAACGAAAAAGAGAUUGGUCGAGCCGGCAUGGUGCUAGUACGAUGGAGUUUUUUGAGAAUCUAAUGAAACAGGUUAUGCAAAAACAAGAGGCAAUGCAGCAGAGAUUCUUGGAGGUGAUUGAAAAGAGAGAACAGGACAGGAUGAUAAGAGAUGAGGCUUGGAAAAGACAAGAGAUGGCUCGACUGAGUCGAGAGCACGAACUCAUGGCUCAGGAGCGCACCAUUUCGGCAUCCAGGGAUGCUGCCAUUAUCUCUUUUCUGCAGAAGAUUACCGGCCAGACAAUCCACUUGCCUGAUCCUCCCCCGCCCCCACCACCUCUGAACACCACCACUGGCAUCAAUCCCAAUGUUACUAUUCAUGUUCCAACCCCUACUGUGCCUCCUCCAGCGCCUGCACCGGUGGUUGCGGCGGCAGUCCCACCUGUUAUAACGCAGCAGCACCACGAUCAACAACAACUAGUGAUUGAGCGCCGCCAAUCGCCUAGUGCUGAUCGAUAUCAAACACCUAGCAGAUCUAUCAGCCAACAACCGCAGCAGCAGCAGCCGCAACAGCAACAACAGGAUCAGACGUUUACUGGGGGAGCAGCGUCGUCACGAUGGCCGAAGCCAGAAGUUCUGGCUCUCAUAAAGUUGAGAAGUGGGCUGGAAUCCAAGUAUCAAGAGGCAGGUCCAAAGGGACCUCUUUGGGAAGAAAUUUCGGCAGAGAUGCAGCGGAUGGGAUACAAGAGGAGCCCCAAGAGAUGCAAAGAGAAAUGGGAGAACAUCAAUAAGUACUUCAAGAAGGUCAAGGAGAGCAACAAGCAACGCCCAGAGGAUGCCAAAACCUGCCCGUACUUUCACGAACUUGAUGCCCUCUACCGCAAGAAGAUUAUUGGCAGCGGCAGCAUUACACCAGCAGCACAGCUGCCCCAGCCACAACCGCCGCAGGAGCCCCAGAGCGAUUUUCGAAGAGCUACUGUUGCAGCGGUUGAUAAUCAAGCACCAAAAACAGCACAGCCGGCUGCAGCAGCCAACAUAGGAACAGAAAACAAAAGCUCUGUGGCUGCCACCAGCGGCUUCGGACAAGCAACGGGGAAGCCAGAAGACAUUGUGAUGGAGUUGAUGAAAGUUCAUGAACAGGAGAAAUGUGGUGGAGGAACACAAGCAGUGCUAGUUCCUCUAGUGAAUGAUUACGAUAGGCUUGAGGAACUGGUAGACAGCGAGAAUGAGGAUGACGACGACGACGAUGAUGAUCAAGAUGACGAAGAAGACGAAGAUGAAGAAGAAGAAGACAUUAUUAUUGAUCGUGCUGAUGACGUAGAGAGGAAAAUGGCUAAUUAUAAAAUGCAAUUCCAGAGACAAAGUACAGGGCCUUCCAAUGGGGGUACUGGAAAUGAGUCACCAUCUUCCUUCUUGGCCAUGCCCAUGGUUCAAUAAUGAUAUCAUCAUCCAUUCUUGUACCAUAUAUAUAUAUAUAUACUACUAUGUAUCUAUCUAUCUAUGAGAAAAUUCUAACACCCAUGCCAUGCCCAUUUCCAGAUAUCAUCACUACUUGAAAUCCCUCGAUCUCGUAACACUAACAAUUCCAUCCUAAAUACUCAUUCUUUCUAUACCUUUGGAACUACGCACCACUCCUCUCCUGUCUCUUUUUUUGGGUAUAUACAAGAAUACUCGUGCCCAAGCAUCCUCAACUUCUUCUUCUUCUUCUUCCUUUUUUUGCAAUUCUUGUUUUUGUUCCUUCAAGAUCGGUACUAUAGAUAUGAGUAGCUAGCUUUGCUGAUGAUGAUGAUGAUGAUAUAUAUAUAUUUGGACGUACGUACGGCGGCCAAAGCUUGUAGUUUGAGAUUUUCUUCUAAUUGAUUGAUUGAUUUAUUUGUUGGUGAAUAAUAAAACCAGCCGUUUGAGAAGGCCAAACGGAGGGAAAGGGAUUGAAUUAAGUAAGAGAUUUAUAAGCAUGCAUAUAUAUAUAUAUAUAUGUAUGUAUAUAUAUAAUGCAUGCAUGCAUGCACGGAAAAUAAGCAGCAGCUAUACUUGUUCAAACACAGUUUCAGAAACAGAUAAUAUUUUCAGUAUCUCUCUCUUCUUAUUUUUUUUCCUUAUGGAAUUUUGUCAUCAUUUUCUUCUGAGCAAUAA